AUGUUACCAAGCAAGCACUAUGGAGACGUGUACAAGUAUAGGAUUGUAGUGGAGAAAGAGAGCAAAGCGAAACGUCGCCGACGGGCUUUAGACCUUAACGACUCCAAGAUCCAGAGACUUGUCCCGUGUCAGUCUGUGACAGACACAGAUCAGUUGCUGUGUGUGGCGGCUGAACUGGGUGCUGGUGACCUUGGGAAGCCGUUUACUGUUGGAGAUAAUAAAACAUAUGGAGGAUAUUAUAACCGGCCGCUGGAGGAAGGGAAAUCAUACAACAUAUAUUUCGGCCCUGUGCAAACAGUAGAUGGGAUUACUUCCCAAGCCUAUGUUUCCUUAGUAAGGGGUGUUAUACCACAGAUGGAUGUCAAAAUUCUAGGUCUAGAUGUCGGUGUCCUCGUCGGUGGAGUUGUUGCAGCCAUAUUGGCGGUGGCAGGUGUGGCCAUAGCAGUCUGGAUAUACAUGAGAAGGCGAAGGCGUGGACUGGAAGCUACACAUUCAAGUAGUGCAUCUGACAGAGAGAUGAAAUCGUUAAAAGUAGAGACACGCAAUGAAGAUUACGAAGUUCCAAAUUACCAUAUGCCGGAAAACCCGUAUAUGGAACUCAGUUGGGAACAUUUAGACGAUAUUAUGGAGCAGGUCACAGACAUCCCUGUUGAGGAUAUCUUCACUGUUAUGAAGAAGAAAAACAGGGAAGCGUUGAAAGCAGAGUAUGAGAAAUUACCUACAGUAUUCACUGCGACGUGCCAUGUAGGACAAAAGCAGGAAAAUCAAAUGAAAAAUAGAUUCGACACUAUUUUGCCAUAUGACCACUCCCGGGUCCCGUUGACUCCACUACCGGGUGACCCCCAUUCCGAUUACAUCAACGCAAAUUAUAUAGAUGGCUAUGGGCAGACUGGAGCAUUCAUUGCCUGUCAAGGUCCAAAACCAAACACUGUGAAGGAUUUUUGGCGAAUGGUUUGGCAAGAAGAUUCCCCUGUGAUUGUCAUGUUGACGAACUUGACAGAGGAUGCUAAGACAAAGUGCGCUAAAUACUGGCCUGACGAAGGCAGCAAACGAUUUGGUUUAAUAGUCGUGACUUUAAAGAAAGAAGAAACUCACACUGAUUUUACUGUGCGAACGCUGCAUAUGUCGGUGUUACAUUCCAAUUCUUCCACGAAGACAGUGAAGCAAUUCCAUUUCACGGGCUGGCCUGACCACGGUGUUCCCGUAGAUUUCUCAGCUUUGGUGCAGUUCCGAGACAAGUUCAAAUGGUAUCAGAAAAAGGUGGAAUGUCAAGGUCCCAUCAUUGUUCACAGCAGUGCUGGUGUCGGCAGGACUGGGACUUUCAUCGCUCUGGACUACCUGUUAGACCAAGCCGAGGCUGAAGGGAAGAUCAACAUAUUCAAUCUUGUACAGCUGAUGAGACGUUCACGUUCGAUGAUGAUACAAACAGAGGAGCAAUACUACUUCAUUCACGACGCCAUGUUGGAGGAACUGUACUGCGGGAACACGACAGUCCCGGUGCAAAGAUUGCAGCCUUAUUUUCAUAGGCUGAAACAGGUGGACAUAAAAUCUGGUCUAUCAAAGUUAGAGAGAGAGUUUGCAGUUCUUCAACAACUGUGUGUUGGAUCUGCUAACGUCGGAAAAUCACAGGCUUCAGCCAACGUAAACAAAAAACGUGUCAGGAACAUUUCACCUGGAAACGGAUGGAGACCGGCAAAUGGCAGUACUGACUACAUCAACGCUGUCUUCCUUGAUGGCUACCGCCGUGCUGAUGCCUACAUCGUGGCCCAGACGCCUUUACCUGAUACUGUGGUGGACUUCUGGAGAAUGAUCUAUGAUCAUAAUUCUGCUACAAUAGUCAUGAUGAAUGAAGCAGCCGAAAUAGAAAAGGAAACUCCAUUGUACGUGCCUAAAUCUGGUUCUACGACCUAUGGACCUUUCACAGUGGAAGUGAUAUCAUCGCACGAUGCAGUGGAUUCUUUUGCUAUCAAGGAAUUAACACUGAAAAAUAGAAACCGGACUAAAGAGCAACCUCGCAAGAUACGCCAGUUCCAGCUCCAAGGGUGGAACACAUCUGAACCGACGCCGUCCUCAACAGAAGCGCUCCUAGAGCUAUUAGAUGAAGUACAACACUGGCAACAACAGAGUGGGAACACAGCCAUUACUGUGCACUGCAUGAACGGGGCCCAUCAAAGCGGCGUUUUCUGUGCCCUGGCCAGAAUAUUAGAGAAGAUGAAAGUGGAACAACAGGUGGACGUGUUUCACACUGUGAAAGCCGUGCGAAUCAACAGACCACAGUUCGUAGACAGUUUGGAACAGUACAGGUUCUGUUAUGCUGCAGUUGAAGAGUACGCAUGGAGAUUUGACACAUAUAGACCAGCACUUCGGUGAAAAGGCGUGCAUUUUUAACCU